AUGGGCCGUUCGGGCUCAGGUAAGUCAUCCAUGCGUUCCAUUAUUUUUUCCAACUAUUCCGCGUUUGAUACAAGAAGAUUGGGUGCUACGGUUGAUGUCGAGUUAUCACAUCUUCGCUUUUUGGGCAACAUGUCUCUCACAUUAUGGGAUUGUGGUGGACAGGAUGUCUUUAUGGAAAACUACUUCACUAAUCAAAAGGACCACAUUUUCAAAAUGGUGCAAGUUUUAAUCCACGUUUUUGAUGUUGAGAGCAAGCUGAUCAAUAAGGAUAUCGAAAUAUUUGUCAAGAGUUUGACAAACUUGCAAAAGUACAGUCCUGAUGCAAAGAUAUUUGUCUUGUUGCACAAGAUGGAUCUUGUACAGAUUGAUAAGAGGCAAGAAUUGUUUACAAUAAUGAUGGAUAAAUUGCAAAAGAUAAGUAACCCGUAUCAUUUCAAACUUGUCGGGUUUCCAACUAGCAUAUGGGAUGAGAGUUUGUACAAGGCAUGGUCACAGAUUGUGUGUUCGCUAAUACCAAAUAUCAACUUGUUCAACAGUAACAUAAUCAAAUUCAACUCUAUAUUGGAUGCUGAGGAAAUCAUUUUGUUUGAAAAGACAACAUUUCUCGUGAUUUCAUCGACAUCCUCAAUAAAACAGCAACAGAAGCAGCAACAGAAGCAGCAGCAACAACAACAACAACAACAACAACAAUCGCAAAAAGUGACAAAUGGCAAAGUAGACCCUCAAAAGCAAGAGUCGGAGGAAUUGGAUCCGAAACGGUUUGAGAAGAUCUCCAACAUCGUAAAGACAUACAAGCAGUCCAUCUCCAAGUUGAGGACGAAUUUCAACAAUUUGGUCAUAAGAGGAAGUAAUGGCACAACGUUCUACCUUGAUAUUUUAACCGAAAAUAUGUUUAUCAUGGUUGUGUUGAAGAAGAAGGAAGAAGUGUUUGAUGGAUCUGCGGUAGAGCAAAAUGAUGAAUCUUUGGUUCUUGAGAAUAUCAAAGCAGCCCGUAAAUGGUUUGAAAAGAUUGAAAACUCAAAGUAG